CCACACCCACCAGUGUCAUAUUGCAUCAACCAAAACUAUUUUAUAAUUUCGAGAAAUAGUGUCUCUUUAAUUAAAAACCAUUGUUAUGUUCUGAAAGUGUAUAUGCAUUGAGCAAAGUACAAUCAAACUUAAAUGGCCCACUUUACUUGAAUUCACCCUACGUGUCUGUGCGUGUCUAUACACUGCUACUUUCUUUCAAUAAAUCUGCUGAGGAAAAUGAAACGUGAAACGAAGUGUGAGAGACACCGCCCCUAGCCUGUAGGCUAACAUGUUGAAGGCACACGUUUAAAAAUGUGCAGGUACAUUUUUGCAACACAUUUUAAGACUAAAAGCAUGCAGUGCAAAUGGACAAGAUCUCCUGUCCUCGACUUUUUACUUGUACUUUCAUUUCCAUCUGCGUCUUAUGGUUCUCACUCUUUGUCGUUGCUUUCAACUUAUAUUCAAGAAGAAACACAGUUUCCUAAAUUUAGUUGCACAACAACUCUGGAUGACAUCACAGUUGGAUACUAUAAUUCAGAAAUUUAUAUUCCAAAAGGGAAUAUGACGAAUGAGGAUGAUGUGAUUGAUUCAGAUUACAUAAAGGGUAUAAGUGACUACAUGUAUAACUCAUUUUUGAGACGAUCUGCACUGCUGAGAGACUUCAGUCAAAAUGAGAGUCUUAAUGUUUACCAGACACUAGUUGUCUGUGAGCUGCUGGAACUAGACAAGGCUGGAAAGAUGAUUAUCAAAGAUGCCGCUGGUGGCUACACCACAGAUGAGCUGUGUUACUUUAACAACAUCUUUACUUACACUGUAAAUGUGACUGCAAAUAUUACACAAGAAGUGCUCAAACCUCAUCUGGAAGAAUUUAAGCAGGAAUUUGCAAAGUUCUUUUACCCAAUUUGCAUAACAACUCUCAGGAAUUACCUCAAAAAGAGAGGAGGUCAAGUGAAUAGAAGGAUAACACCCAAUAUCAGGCUCAUCCAGAAAGCAAACUCAGAUUCUGGAGGGUCUCGUGUGAGUUGUUUGGCAUCAGGAUUUUACCCACGUCACAUCAACCUGACCCUGUUCAGAGAUGGGCUGCCUGUAUCUGAUCAUGAGAUCACUGGAGGAGAGCUGCUGCCCAAUGCUGACGGGACGUACCAGAUGAGGAAGAGAUCGUCUGGAGAUCAGUUGGGAUUUUACCCUCGUCACAUCAACCUGACUCUGUUCAGAGAUGGGCAGCCUGUAUCUGAUCAUGAGAUCACUGGAGGAGAUCUGCUGCCCAAUGCUGACGGGACGUACCAGAUGAGGAAGAGUCUGGAGAUCAGUGCUGCAGACAAACACAAAUACACCUGCUCUGUCACACACCUCAGUCUGGACGACAAACUGGACAUUGAUUUGGAGUAUCCAGGGGAAACAUUUGUGGUGGUGGUUUUGGCAUUGGGAUUGGUGUUUUUGACUGUGGUUGCCAUUUUUAUAUCGAGGAGAAGGUAUCGUUCAGUUUCCUCUUCAAGUAACUACUCUUCUGCUUCUAGUGGGUAUUUUCUGUCCAGGUUGUGAUUUAAUUAAUUUGCACGAAGAAUAACAAAAUAUAAAUUAAUCUGAAUAUUUUCUAACACAUUCUUUUUUUUA